CGUCCGUCAAAGCUAAGAAAAACAAAUGUCAUUUUCAUGGAAGGAGUUGCCUAGAAAAUUCCCAGAGAUACAAAUCCAAUAACCAGAAAAACAGCUCCUCCUCCUCCUCAUAUUGAAACUUCAGUCAAUCCUCUCUCUCUCUCUCUCUCUCUCUCUCUCUCUCUCUCUUCCUUCGUCUUCAUUAUCACGCGGAUUCAUUGUUACAGUCAUUCAUUUUCCAUUCCUUAUAUUUACUUUCUGACCUUCCAAACACUCUACACUAAAUUCCAAUACCAUUUCACAACCUCUGUUGCAGACACAAACAUCAAUUUAUAUAGAGACAAGUUGCAGAGAUCAUAUAUAUAUAGAGAGAGAGAGAGAAGAGUUGUUGCAGAGAUCUGUUGAGAAGGAGCGAUAUAUAUAGAAACAUAUAUAUAUUUGUAGAGAGAGAUUGAGAAGAGUUUUGGUGAUGGCGUCGGCGGCGAUAUUUUCGUCGGUGAGGAGGAGAUCGCCAUCGCUAGAAGCGUUCUUAGCGCCGGUGGAUCUGACGGACGUGGCGCUUGUGGAAACCCUAGAGGCGGUGUCGGCGGAGCUGAUUGCUUCGUUCUCGGGGAGAGCGCUGCCGUUUCAGCGCAAGAAUUUGCGGUCGUUGAUUCGGAAGGUGGAGGUCUUCGUCCUUCUGUUUGAGUAUCUUCGCGAUUCGAGUUCGAGUUCGAGUUUGAAUCUGUCUUCGACGGCGAUUCUCUGCUUCAAGGAGGUGUACCUGUUGUUGCUUCGUUCGAAGAUGCUUCUCGAUUACUGCUUCCAUUCUUGUAAGUUGUGGCUUUUGCUUCAAAACCAUUCCAUUUCGGGCCAUUUUCAUGAUCUCAAUCAAGAAAUUUGCACUCUCUUAGAUGUUUUCCCAUUGAAUGAGUUGAAUUUGAGUGAUGAUAUUAGGGAACAAGUUGAAUUAUUGCAUAAACAAGCGAAACGUUCGAAAUUGUUGAUUGAUAAACAUGACGAGGCCUUGAGACUCAAAUUAUUUUCAUUUCUUGAUGAAUUUGAGAACGGGAGAGUUCCUUGUCCCGUGGAAUUGCACUCUUUUUUCGUUGAAAGGUUAGGAAUUCAAGGGGCGAAAAGUUUUAGGGUGGAAAUUGAGUUUUUGGAAGAACAAAUUGUGAAUCAUGAUGGUGAUUUGGAGCCAUCCGUAUCCGUGAUUAAUGGGUUUGUAGCGCUGACUCGGUAUUGUAGGUUCUUGUUAUUUGGGUUUGAGGAGGAUGAAGUGGAAUUGAAGAGUGGGAAACAGAAUAAGCUGAAGAAAGGGUUGAUUAAUAGAAAAAAUUCAGAGAUAUUUGUCAAGAUUCCGAAGGACUUUUGUUGCCCAAUAACAUUGGAUUUGAUGAAAGAACCGGUGAUAAUUUCAACAGGACAGACUUAUGAUCAAGCUUCCAUAUCAAGGUGGCUUGAGGAUGGGCAUUAUACUUGCCCAAAAACCGGACAAAUGCUUAUUCACACCCGGCUUGUUCCUAAUUGUGCUCUUAGAAACUUGAUUAUGCAGUGGUGCACUGCUCAUGGAUUACAUUAUGACCCACCGGAGAAUGCAGAUUCUUCUGCUGAAACUUUUGCAUCGGCUUCAGCAAGCAAGGCUGCGACCGAAGCUAACAAGGCCACAUCAACUCUUCUUAUUCAACAGUUAGCAAACGGGUCACAGAUAGCAAAAACCAUUGCUGCCCGUGAGAUACGUUUGCUAGCAAAAACUGGGAGAGAAAACCGGGCUUACAUUGCAGAAGCUGGCGCAAUCCCUCAUUUGAAAGAACUGCUUUCCUCUUUGAAUGCUGUUGCACAAGAGAAUUCUGUCACCGCAAUGCUCAACUUAUCAAUAUAUGACAAGAACAAGAGCCGAAUAAUGGGUGAAGAAGAGUGUUUAGGAUCAAUUGUUCGAGUUUUGAGAUUUGGACACACAACUGAGGCAAGGGAAAAUGCUGCAGCAACGUUAUUUAGCCUCUCUGCAGUUCACGAAUACAAGAAGAGAAUAGCGGAUGAGGAUGGGGCAGUUGAAGCCUUGGCAGGGUUGCUGAUAGGAGGGACCCCAAGAGGAAAGAAAGAUGCAGUAACAGCUUUGUUCAAUUUAUCGACCCACACAGAUAAUUGUACAAGGAUGAUAGAAUCGGGGGCUGUAACCGCGCUAGUGAAAGCGUUGGGAAUUGAAGGCGUUGCUGAGGAAGCAGCGGGUGCAUUGGCAUUGAUUGUUAGGCAGCCAAUUGGGGCUGAAACAGUGGGGAACGAACAAUCAGCGGUGGAAGGAUUAAUAGGAAUGAUGCGGUGUGGGACUCCGAAGGGGAAAGAGAAUGCUGUGGCUGCAUUGCUCGAGUUGUGUCGGAGCGGUGGGGCCGCUGCAGCUGAGAGAGUGUUGAAAGCCCCCUCAUUGGCUGGCUUGCUUCAGACUCUGCUCUUCACGGGGACAAAACGGGCAAGGAGAAAGGCGGCAUCACUGGCUAGAGUUUUCCAGAGGUGUGAGAAUGCAGUUUUGCAUUUUGGUGGAUUGGGAGUUGGGUAUGCAUUUGCUGGCAAUUCAGCUGCAAAUAGAGAGACAAGUUUUGCUGGUGAUGUUACAGUCCCUUUGCCCAUUUCAGUACCAGUUUUAUAAGAGUAAUAAUGUCCAAUCUUGUGUUAUUGUUCCCAUUUUUGUUGUUACAUUCAAAAAAUUCAUUCAUUUUUACAUAUAUAAUAUGAUAGGAAAGAAGAAGAAUAUUAUACAAAUAUGGUGAUUUGUAUGUGGAAAGAAAUGGUGAUGGUUUUGAGCUGUUGAUAAACUCUCAUCUCAUCUGUGGUUAUUGUUGGACCUUUUUGACUAAAAUUAUGGUUUGAUUAAUAAGAGCAAAUACAAAUAUUUGAUCGAUAGUAAA